CGUGAUUGGUGUAUAUCGCGGAUUACGAAAGUUUCCGUGGGUUGUUUUUUUAAAGUAACCGUGUCACAAAUUUAGACGAAAAUGUUUACCACAGAGUCCUGAGGUUGUGAACUGACUCCACGGCAAAGUUAUAUCCGCCGCCGGUAGCCCAGUGUGCGACACUGGGUCCCGUUUCCUCCUGCCGUUAAGCGGUAGUUCGCUUGCUAACUGUUAGCUCGUGCUGUCAGUUGAGUGUCGAGGGCUCAGCAGUCGCUGUUCGUGAUGCAGACAUGACCACAAAUGACAAGCUGUCACUGUAGGAAGGAGCAGCAUGAUGAAGACACCAGGUUUCAACUUCUCAUAUGAGGAGGACGAGGACGCCCCAGACUCCUCUGAUCUCCCCUCUGCCAUGUCGAUUGACAAGCUCUUCCCAGCUCUGCUGGAGUGCUUUGGGAUAAUCCUGUGCGGAUACAUCGCAGGGAGAACAAACAUCAUUACCUCUAACCAGGCCAAAGGAUUGGGUAAUUUUGUGUCUAAGUUUGCCCUCCCAGCACUGCUGUUUAAGAACAUGGUGCUGCUGGACUUUGGUAAUGUCAUCUGGCCUUUUCUCUGGAGCAUCCUCAUCGCCAAAGUGUCUGUGUUUUUUCUGGUCUGUGUCCUCACACUGAUCGUUGCCAGUCCUGAGAAUCGCUACAGUAAAGCUGGGCUCUUCUCAAUAUUUGCAACGCAAAGCAAUGACUUUGCUCUGGGGUAUCCAAUUGUUGAAGCAUUAUACCAGAACACACACCCAGAGUACCUCCAGUACAUCUACCUGGUUGCUCCUGUGUCGCUGAUGCUUCUAAAUCCCAUCGGCUUUGCUUUCUGUGAGAUCCAGAAAUGGAAGAAUCAGGAAAACCCCCAGCAGAGCAAACUAAUCAUCAUGGGACUUGUCGUUUUACAAGUCUUGAAGAACCCAAUAGUAUUUAUGGUUGUCAUUGGCCUCAUCACCCACUUUGCCCUGCACCAGACAAUUCCUGCCUUCAUGGCGCAGUUUGUGGAUGGCUUGGCCAACUCUUUCGGGGGAGCAGCUUUGUUCUACUUGGGUCUGUCCAUGGUGGGCCAGUUGAGGAAACUAACCAGAUCCACAGUUGUUUCACUGAUAUUACUCCUUACUGCAAAAUUGUUGCUGAUGCCCCUGAUUUGUAGGGACAUGGUGGAACUGUUGGACAACACCAACAGCAGCUCUUUGAACCACUCAAGUCUCUCCAAUUAUGCCUUUCUAUAUGGAGUAUUUCCCACUGCACCAAGUGUGGCCAUCUAUGCUGUCUAUUAUAAUGCUGAGCUAGAAGUUGUAACCUCAGGGAUGGUGAUCAGCACUUUUCUCUCAGCUCCGAUUAUGUAUGUUUCUGCAUGGUUGCUUUCCAUGCGUUGGAUGGAUCCUGAGCUUUUGAUUAAUUCUCUGCAAAACGUCAGCUUUAACAUCAGCAUAGUGGGCUUAGUUGUACUGGUGUGGACAAUUGUUGUUAUGUUUUUAAGCAAGAAAUUUAAGAGGCUACCUCACAUGUUCUCUGUCAACCUUUUCUUGGCACAGUUUCUCACCUGUAUUGGGAUGAUCUUGUGGAACUUUGUGGUGAAAGAAAACAACUUCAUAGGGCAGAUCUUGACUUUCACGUUAUUAUGCACCUCACUCUACAGCACCUAUGUGUGGCCAGGUUUAAUAGUGCUCUCACUGGUACUCUUGAGAAGUUUUCAGGAUCUGAAACUUUCACCGGGCAUAUUUGUAAUUGCAGGCUGGGGCAUUCCUGCCUCAGUAACUGCCAUGCUGCUCAUUUCUGGGGAAAAAAUGUCUGACACAAUAGACUCAUCAUUCUUUUAUGGCAAACCGCAGAUAAUCUGCACAGUAGUUGUUGCUGCCCUCAGCAUACUACUGGGAGGGAGCUCACUUGUGUGUCUCAGUAGAGGAAGCUGGCCCCAGAAUGACCAAAUCCUAGAGGGAAACUCUUCAUCUGGCCCAAUAGAGGAUCUUGUGACUGAAGUUGAACCAGAAAACCAGACACCUUUUGAGGCUGUUAAUACGCCAGGAGAUCUCGACAGAGCAUGCCUCUUAUGUGACUGUGCACCACCCCAGCCCAUGCCUGACAUGAUCCUCAGCACAAGUAUGGACAACACACAAACCACCGUCACAGGUCAUUGUGAGAACAGGUGUGACUCCACAGACUGCCUGCUUGUCCAAGUGGAAGAGUUUCAACAGGUUGCAGAUAGACAAGUGGCCCGUCACGUGCUCUUGUGUCUGCUUCUGACUGUCGGCUUGCUUGCAAACCUAUCGAGCUGCCUGUGGUUACUCUUUAACCGUGUCCCUGGUCGACUCUACUUGGAGCUGCAGUUCUUCUGUGCUGUGGCCAACUAUGGACAGGGCUUGCUCUCUUUCGCUCUGUUUGGGCUGGACAAGCUUUUGAUUAUAUUACCAUUUAAAAAGAGGUUAUACAAACUGUGGAAUGGAAAAAAACAAGAACGGCUGCUGAGUGAUUUACCUGAGGAAAUCAGGAUGACCUGCACCAAGUUCACCAAGUACCACAAGGAUCAGUGUUUUCAUGACAUUGUUAAAAAUAAGAGAUGUGGGACCAGAUCUACUGUGGACUGCUUUCUUGGCUGUGAACUUGUCGACUGGCUGCAGCAGGUUGGUUUGUCUCAGGAUCGUGGUGAGGCAGUACUCUACGGGACACAUUUACAGCAAGGUGGUAUUAUCCAGCACAUCAAGCAGGAAUAUGACUUUCAAGACGGUCGCCUUCAUUACCGUUUCAUCACAUAAGACCAAAAGAUAAGAGCUGACUAUUAUUUUAUCACAAAAGUAAACAUUUCCGUUCACACAUGACUAAUGUGAAAUGCAUGCUGUGGUGAAAUGGCAGUAAGGCCGAGACUGAUCUUGAUAACCAGACAUUCUCUUUGCACUGUCAUUGUCGUGUCAACACCCUGUUCAACAGUGUUUCAGAGUGUACACUGAGGCAUUUUAACAUCUGACCGUUUAACCUGAAAGACUGGCAUUAUUUUCAUUUCCAGAGGUUGAUCUUAAAAAGAUUUAUUAAUAUGUAUGUUUUAGGGUCGGAGUGAAGGAUUUAGGGGCAUCUGUCAGUGAAGUUGCAGACUGAAAACUCCCUGCCACACAAAUCACUUUCAAUCACGUAAGAAAACCUUUGGUGGCCUUAUAGACGGUGUAAAAUCCAGAGCAGUAUUUAGAUUUGUCCCCUCUGCGCUACAAUAGUAACAUUGUGAAGUCAUGUGGACAUAGUAAAUACAGGACAGUGCUUAAGAGCAGGUAAUUAUACAAUAACAUUAACAUAAUUAUAAAUAUUAUGUUCUAUCUCUGCUGAUAGAGCCACUAAAUCCUUCACACUGAACCUUUUCAUUGUCAGGUGGUCUUACAUACUGUUUUGGUUAAAAUUUAAAGUUGAAGGAAGAGAACUUGCCGUGAUAAUCUUUUGGGAUCUGACUCCUCAGUAUACAUUUCAGUUUGAUCAGGAAAUUGAUUUUCAAAGUCUGUGUCACUUUCUCUUGCAAGUAAUCAUGGUAGCCUGAUAGUUUAUAUCUGUCUGUGUUCCUUAUAGACUCCUGGUGUGAUAUAACUGUGUCUUUCUUUAUCUGGGAAAAAAAGGCUGUUCAGUAAAAUAUUAACUAAUUAGGCUGAUGACUGCAAGUAAAAAAAUAACUCAGGGCUUUUGCAUUCAGCAUGUUUAACAAUGACGUACAUUUCUCAUUCAUGGGGUUAGCUAAAGGCAUUUGUAAUUUUUAUGCAGGUUAUGUUUUAUACAAACACUGGAACUUUCUGGAGUUUUAUUUGCUGCCAUUAUGUGAGAAAUAAUUUUGGAUAGUAUUUUUUAUUUUUCUAUAAAUGCUGCUCGCUAAAAAAAAGAAGGGAAGAUGUGUAGUUUCUUACUAAUUUAUGAUUGAGUUACUAGUUGGUUAACUGGUAAUGUAGCUUGACGCAUAUGGUGCACAUUAUUGCUUUACUUUGAUUGAUGAAUGUGAAUUGCCAGUGAUUGCACUGUUUAUCAGGACUGUGUGAGCAGUGGACACAGUAGAAACAUUUCUAUGGCCUUCUUGUGAUUGUUUAAUUUUUUUAAUGACAGCUAAAUCAAACACUCUUUUGACACGCUAAAAGUAUGUUGUUGAAUAUGAUGCAGUGACAAGGACUGAUGAACUAAGAGUGUUUAUGCAUAUACUUAGCUAAGUGUCCAGCUUGACUUUGAAAACCAGCAUCCUCCUUCAAUGUGCCACAUGCACGUAUUAACUCAGAGUUGGAAAUAUAACAGCUAAUCAUACAACCUUUUAAUAUUUAUAAGUGCAGAGAUUUGUGUUUUAACUCAAAUGUUGGAAAAAGUUGUAAAGACAAUUUUGUUUUGGUUUUUAAAUAAAACAUUUAAUAUAC